UCAGGAAAUGUCUUUGAAAAAGAAAAAGUCAAAGCAAAAUUCUUAUUGUUUUCGUGCGGCUACUUUUCUGGUUGCUUUUUGCAUAGGUCUCGUAUUUCUUUCCUUCUCUACUCUUGAUAAGGGUGAAAUAGCUAUUCGGUAUUCCACACAUCGAGCUAUUCCCAACCGAUAUGUGUUAUACGACUCUCGCUAUGGAAGUUUCAACAAUCAAUUAAACAGUCUCAUCAACUCACUAGUUAUUGCUAAAAACUUAAACGCCACUUUGGUAUUGGGGUAUGCAUAUACACCUGGUGGUGGUCAUGCGUUGCGAGAUGAUCGACAUUCCAACCAUUCUUAUCUCGUUGGACAUUAUUUUGAUGCCAAGUUAUUGAACAGUGUGCAACCAAUAUUAGAAAUGGAUGACUAUUUAAAGCUUUAUGAUUCAAAACGUUCGUUGAGUCUCUUCGUUGAGUCUACUGAAGAGUCCAAUCGAAAUGGUGACUACUAUCAAAGUUUAGGAGUGAAUGUAACUAUUCAAAGAUGGUAUGCACAAGAUUCAUUACAUGUUUGUGAACGAAUAUUAGGUAGAGGGAAAAGAAUAUGGACAAUUUGUCAAGGACAACAAAAGAAAGAUUGCGAUACGAUUCUUUUAGGAUUCUCUUUUACCAAUCUAUACAAUUGUACAUGGUAUGAUGAGUGGUGGUAUCAAGUUCGUAACUUUAUUCGACCAAAGGAUGUUAUUCAACAAUCUAUUCAAGAGUUUGUCAGUCAAGUUCGUCAUCCUCUUUUAGUGGUUCAUGUCAGGUUCGUUGGGGGAUCAGAUGCUGCCAAUCAUACUUUUUAUUCCAAUAUCCUACAACAUUUGAAACGAUAUGAAUCCGAAUACCAAGAAAACAUUGGCUCCAUUUAUAUGGUUGGAAUGAAAGACAAGAGACAAAGUAUUCGUGUGGAUGAGUCCAUACGAUAUCUUUCCAAAAGAUUGACUCAAGUGGAUUGGUACACCUGUGCCAAUCUCACCAACUGCGCUGAAAGUAGUCAUAGAAAUCAAUUCUAUGAUCAAGACAACUCUGCAUUUCGAGGUUACUAUGGUGUUAUUCUAUUAGAUCAGUGGAUGGGUGUCGAAUCUGAUUAUUUUAUUGGAAGGUCUGCAUCAACAUUUUCCCAAAAUAUCGUGUAUUGGAGGAGCUUAAAAGGUGACUCUACUAAUUAUCUUCUUUAUUAGCGAGUAGUGAUUACGAAUAUAUAUAUAU